GCAUGUUGCCUGGCUCCAUGUAGUGGCCCUGAGAUAAUCACUGUGCUAUUAAAAUGCACUCAAAAUAAAUUAACUUGUUGCAUUAUUACAGUGUUGAAUCUUCCAUAGGACUGGUGUCUCCACAGCGCACCUCCUUGGCCACAGUUUGUUCUUGCCAUGCCAUAAUAAAUUAAUGUUUAUGCCUGGGCACAUAAAAACUAAGGAGUGGCUUAGCUUUAUUUCAGGGCUUAUGUUCCCAGUGUAAAGCAAUUUCAGUGUAGUGUCCUCUGUACUCCUCUUAAACAUAAUUUUUUUCCUAAUGUGCAGCUGGUUCUUUUUUGAAGUUUCGCUCCCACGCACUGUAUGAUCCCCAUAUUUCUGCAAGAGGAAGAAAGGGACCAUUCUGAGGAGGUUUCAAUUGAGUUUAAAGGCAAAUUGUUCUUGUGUUGUUGUGUGAGAUGUCUGGUCUUUUUUAAUUGGUUACCUAUAAAAAACCCUAGCCCUUAGCAUUUUUAUUACUAGUAGCCUUUUACUCAGCCAAGGUCACUGUGACUAAACCCAAACAUAUUCAAUCCUGAAAUAAUAAUCUUCUGAUAAUGUUUUAGUUACAGUUAAGUAGUUCAUUUUCUCUGAUCAAUACUCAAAUUCCAAAGCUCCAGAUAUUUCGAAGCCCUUUACAAUUCAUUGCUGUUGCCUAACUCUGACUGACCUUUAUUUUCUUUGAUUCAUAGAUAUAGUGCGGGAAAACAGAUGAUCCUCAAAUUCCCACUGUAAAUUGAGAUUCAGCUUUUUAUUUGCAACUUUAAGUGUAGACAAGACAACGGGCAGCAAGUGCCUCAAGUUGGUUCCAGUUGAACUCCAGAGUUACAGUAGAAUCAAAAUCUUGUUUAUGGCCAAGUAGGUUUGCACAUACAAGGAAUUUGCUUGGAUGUUUUGGUGCAUAACAAAACUAUUUAAAACGCCAGCACCAUACGUACAAGGAGAAGAGCAGUAACGGAAAUCUAUACAAUAGAAAUGAAAUGUAUAAAACUGUGUGCAGCAUGGAAAAAUAUGCAAUCUGUCACUGGUCAGAGUUAUAGCUGUACAGGCUGUGCAGGAGAAAUUGUGCAAGCGUUAGAGGUUGUGCAGAUUACUUACUAUUACUAUUGCGGGAGUAAUAAAGUCAGUAAUUUUCCUCCACACCCUCUGAGCGUUGGCAGUAUGUUGUUGUAAGAGCAGACUAGCAGCCCACCUGGCAGCAGGCGUUUGACUGACGGGUGAAUAGCCCAGUGUGUGGUGAGGUGGUGAUUAGUGGGCAUCCUGUUACUCUCAGUCUGCUGCUGCUAUAUGAUAGCCGGGGUUUUAUUCCCCGUCUCAGUCGGCAGACAUGCUUCCUCCCCUGCCAAGAAGCAGGAGCUGGCCUGACCACGUUGACGUCCACAUGAAACGGUGCCCCGCUAUCUGCAACUGAGUUCAACUGGGGUUGAACGGGCAUCAUGUAGGUCUAUUAGGGAAUAAGAUCCAGGAUCGUUGGAUUUGUGGUCCCAGUCACUGUUUUGUUUCUUCCUGGAGGCAUUCAUAUAUUCCUCAGGAUGAUCCCAAUAAUCUGGCUGGCGAUGCUGCUUCCCGAAGUGGUUCACUCAGCUCAGGGUCACUUUGCCCACAAGCUCCUUAACGAUUUGAUGGAGAAUUAUUCCAGCGCUCUGCGGCCUGUGGACGACACGGACCAAGUCCUCAACGUCACCUUGCAGAUCACACUCUCUCAGAUCAAAGACAUGGAUGAGAGGAACCAGGUGCUGAUCGCCUACCUGUGGAUUAGGCAGACGUGGCAUGAUGCCUACCUAAAAUGGAAUAAAGAGGACUAUGACGGACUGGAAGUCAUCCACAUUCCCAGCAGCCUGGUGUGGAGGCCUGACCUCGUCCUUUAUAACAAAGCUGACGACGACUUCUCAGGGCCGAUGGACACCAACGUGAGACUGCGCUACAAUGGAGAGAUAACCUGGGACGCUCCUGCCAUCACCAAGAGCUCCUGCGUGGUGGACGUCUCCUACUUCCCCUUUGAUAGCCAGGAAUGCAAACUCACUUUUGGAUCCUGGACCUACAAUGGCAACCAGGUAGACAUCAUUAUGGGCAUGGACAGCGGCGACCUAUCAGACUUUGUGGAAAACGUGGAAUGGAAGUGCCAUGGAAUGCCGGCCACCAAGAAUGUCAUCAUGUACGGCUGUUGCUCUGACCCAUAUCCGGACAUCACAUACACCGUGCUCCUGCAGCGCCGCUCCUCCUUCUACAUCUUCAACCUCCUCCUCCCCUGCUUCCUCAUCUCCUUCUUGGCUCCUCUGGGGUUCUACCUGCCGGCAGACUCUGGGGAGAAGGUUUCCCUCGGAGUGACGGUUCUUCUGGCUCUCACUGUGUUUCAGCUAAUGGUGGCUGAGAGCAUGCCUCCAUCAGAGAGUGUGCCGCUCAUAGGGAAGUACUAUAUUGCCACUAUGACCAUGGUCACGGCCUCCACAGCUCUCACCAUCUUCAUCAUGAACAUACACUUCUGCGGUGCCGAGGCCAAACCAGUCCCCCACUGGGCAAAAGUCCUUAUCAUUGACUACAUGUCCAAGAUUUUCAUGGUUUAUGAGGUAGGUGAGAACUGUGCCUCCGCCUCUGCUCCCUCCUCUUCGUCUUCUCACUGCCCCCAGGAUGACCUCCGUCACCAGCACCCCAGCUCUCACGUUCACGCGAAUGGAAAGACAGGGAGCCACGGUAGCCCAGAGGACCGACAGAAUCAGAAAUACCCCAGGCCCCAGACCCCCAAACCACAGCACCACCCCAGAGUGAAAGCCCAGCACCACAUCACCAGAGAAGAGAGGAGCCACCUCUCAACCGCUGCACCUGGGAAGUACGAAGGCUCCAACGGUAAAAUCCCCACAGGUGACUGCUGUCAAGAUGACCAGAAGGUGCCCUGCUGCCCUGAGGACAAAAAGCCUCUGCCUCAAGGACCCACGGUGACCUUUGGCCCUUGUGUGUUCUGCAGCCACGGCAGUGGCAUCCCUGGUGUGGACACUAAGCUGGUGCGCAAUGUUGAAUACAUCGCCAACUGUUUCCGAGAGCAGAGGGUCACAUGCGCCAAGGGGGCCGAAUGGAAGAAGAUUGCCAAGGUGAUGGACAGAUUCUUCAUGUGGAUCUUCUUCAUCAUGGUUUUCCUCAUGAGCAUCCUCAUCAUUGGCAAGGCCCCGUGACCAAGCAGUGACACUAUAUGGAUACUCACUUUAUAAUCGGUUAAAGAAAAGGUAGAGCAACUAUAUUCUUAUUUUUUAAAUAAAAAUGUUUUAUGUUGUAAUCAUGUUUGUUAAAAGUGACAGUAUAGAUUAUAAUAAUACCAAAAUAAACAUCAUAUGCUUGCAUUCAGUGUUUUUCCCAGGUACAUACAGCACAGGCUGAAUUCCUUAAUAUUAACAAGACAUUAAAAUGUUUCACUUUUACUCUUCAUUGAAAACAAAGCAAAAUGUGCCAGACUAUAACAAAUAUGCAGGGAAAGCCAAGAACCUACAGUCGAAAGAAUAUAUGCAGAACUGAGCCACAACAAAUGAUUUUUCAAAAAUCUUUGUUAUCAGUUUUCUGAAUUGUUGUUGGAACGUCCAUUCUGCCUAUAUUUUUAACUAUACAUGGUGUAAAAGUAUAGCUUAUUACCUCAUCGCCAUCAAUCAUUGCUUGAUGUUACUGUGCUUCAUCAUCUACGUACCAUUGAAUAAAGGGGGGUCUAGCUUAUUCGCCACUGUAGAAUCAGACGCCUGGGGUUGACGUGCAUGCCGGCGUUGCACUCUCCCACUCCACAGAAUCAUUUUUCUGUUAAAAGUCAUCCAGUGAAUAGUUAAUGAGCAAGCUUUGUUUGUAGCGCACCCAAGGCGGAUGUAAGGUAAUAUGGAGCAUCAAUUAUGUAACACAAUGUGCACACUCUGACACCCACCUCCUCUGAAAAGCCCUAUACCUUGAACUUGGAAAGUGAA